AUGCGCGUCCUCGCCGUGCUCAUCCUGGUGAUUGCCAUGGCCAUGGCCAUGACGCCGUACGAGGCCAUGCGCGAGAGGUACCGCGCCAACGACAUGGCUGGCCUCGAGCGCGCAGCGCGCGAUGUACUCGCGGCGCCAACGCACGAUGAUGCGCAGCGCAGCCUCGCCUACGAGCUCUUGGGUGUUGCCCAGUAUACGCUCGGGAAUCUGCCGGCAGCGACCGCAACGUUUCGCGCCGGCGUGCGCUGGUUUCCCGACCAUGCGACCAUGUGGCUCCAUCUGGGCGACUGCUACUUGGGCCAGCUCAAGAUGCCACAGGCGCUCCGCGCCUACGAAGUCGCGAUCGUCGAGAAGCGAUUGAGCAACGACGUGAUCAAGCUCUUCAAGGCACGCAAUUGGGUUGCCAACUGGACCGACCACGAGCAUGUUGCUGACCACGUGCACGCGAUGGUGCUCCGCAGUUUGUCGCAGGGCACAUCCAUCUCCAACAUCGUCGCGUCCGACUGCUACGACCUUUCGCCGGCCGCGACGCUCGCGUUCGCUCGCCUCGCCCUCGCGGUGCAGACGUCCUCGCACCAGAUGCCGCUGCCUUGCGACACGACGGCGUCGCCCACGCAACUGAAACUCGGGUUUGUCUCGUCCGACUUUGGCCUGCACCCUAUCGCGACGCUCGUGCGGGGCCUCGUGUCCUACCUGCAGCGCGAUCCUCGCUUCGAGGUCUACUGCUUUGCGCUCUCGGACCAAGGCAGCUGGUGGCGCUCCAACAUCACGGGCGAGGUCCAUGCGAUGGUAUCGCUCACAGGCAUGAGUACAUUGGAGGCCGCGGAGACGAUCCGUGCCCACGGUAUCCACGUCUUGGUCGAUCUCAACGGCCAUACGCUGCACUCGGGGCUGCCAAUCCUGAGCCAUCGCCCGGCGCCGGUCCAGGUGAGUUUUCUUGGCUUUCCGCAGACGACUGGCGCCAGCUUCAUCGAUUACUUUGUCGUGGACGCGAUCGCGGCACCGCCACGCAUGGCCAGCGGCUUCUCGGAGAAGCUCGUGUACCUCCCGCUGAGCUACAUCGUCAACGACCACAAGCAGCUCAUGCUGCACGUGACGACGCACGCCCCGCCGUUGCGCGAGGACGCCAAGCUGCCUGCCUCGCCCUUCGUUUUUGCGACCUUUAGCAACUGGCAAAAAAUGGACCCGACGCUCUUUGGCAUCUGGAUGCGCGUGCUCCGUCGGGUGCCGUCGAGCGUUCUCUGGUUCAUGCAGUACCCGGGGCACGAGGCCGCCCGCGACAACUUGGUGGGCGAAGCGUUCGCACAGGGCGUCGAUGGAUCGCGUCGGCUUGUCUUUACUGCGCUCAGUCCAUGGAUCAAUCAUACGUGGGUCAAACAAGCCGCCGAUGUCGUGCUCGAUACGACGAUCAAGAAUGGUCACACGACGCUCGUCGAUGCGCUCUGGGCAGGUGUCCCCGUCGUGACGUUGGAAGGCGACCGCAUGAACAAUCGCGCCGGCAGCUCCGCAACGGCCUCGCUGCAUCACGAGCUCCACGCGACCAUGACGACCCACUCGCUGAAAGAGUACGAAGACACGGCAGUGUUGCUCGCGCAGUCGCAUGCACUCCGUCGUCGUCUCCGCGAUGCUGUGCAAGGCCACCGGACACAGAGCCUCCUCUUCGACACGUCAGCGUUUGCCUCGUACUUUGGUGACGCAAUGGUGGCGACGUGGGAUCGCAAGGGUGAGCGUCCCGCGCACGUCGCCGUGCCCUUGGCGACGUCCUGCGCGCAUUCAACACGGGACACCACCGCACGAACCAUCCGGGCGCUCAAGAAGAGAGACAAAGCGCCGAUCUUGCUUCACAUUGGCGGCCACACGCAGCGCGACGGCUGGCAGCUCGUCAACAUCCAGCACGCCGGCGCCGCGACGCCGGAUGUGCUGAGCGAUAUGCAAUCGUUGCACCAAUUCGCAAGCAGCUCGGUCACAGCCAUCUACUCGUCGCACGUGCUCGAACACGUUGGGUACGGCGCGGACGCAUCGUUUGCAGUCGCCACGACGCUUGCCGAGUGGUUCCGGUUGCUCUUGCCGGGCGGUGCGCUCUACUUGUCCGUACCCGACUUGAGCGUGCUCGCUUCGCUGCUGUUGGACCCAACCUUGACGCUAGAGGAGCAGCAUUUUGUGACGCGCAUGAUCUACGGCGGCCAAGUCGAUGCCUACGACUACCACAAGGCGGGCUUUACGCUGCCGAUUCUGCGCAGCUAUCUAAACGACGCGGGCUUUUGCAAGGUCCAGCACGUCCGUUCGUUUGGACUCUUUGCCGACACGAGCGACCUCGUCUUCCACGGCCGCGCCAUCAGCCUCAACGUCGUCGCUACCGCGUGCAAGCUCGGCACUACUGCCGUGGAUGUACACCUGCCCACGCUCCAGUAUUGGACCAAAUGAACAG